UCUCAAGCCUACACAAUCUCCAAGCAUCCCUUCCCACACGCACACCUCAACAUUCAUCGCAUAGUCCAACGCAACCCUACACCGCAGCACACAAUGUCCAAGCCCCACGCCCCAAAGCCUCUACCCUACGCUCUCGAUGGCCGCGAAGUCGACCUCCUCCACUACAUCUACGCGCACCCGGACCUCCCCACCCUGCGCAACAACCCGACCGCCAUCCUGGCCGCGAUCGACGCCUACAGCCACACGCACAACCCGCUCAUGAACAUCGGCGCCCCCAAGGGCGCCUACAUCCGGGACCUGAUCGUCGCCCACAAGCCCCGCGUCAUGAUCGAACUCGGCGGGUACGUGGGGUACUCCGCCAUUCUGUUCGGGGCGACGCUCCGCGCCGCCGGCGGCACCCGGUACCUCAGUCUGGAGCAGAACCCGGAGAUGGCGGCGGUCGCGAACCAGCUGAUCGAUCUGGCGGGUCUGAAGGAUGUGGUGCGGGUGAUCGUGGGGUCGGCGGCAUCCAGCCUCCGGGAGUUGGUGGCGGAUGGGGAGGUGCAAGCGGUGGAGAUGGUGUUUCUGGAUCAUUGGCAGGAGCUGUACCUGCCGGAUCUGUGGUUGAUGGAGGAGCUGGGUUUGCUGGUGCCGGAGAAGUCGGUGGUGGUCGCGGAUAAUGUGGUGAUGCCGGGGGCACCGCAGUAUUUGGAGUGGGUUAGGGCUGGGUGUGCGGAGAAGAGGGGGUUGUUGGAGUCGCGGAAGGGGGAGAAGGGGUGGGAGGCGACGGGGUUGAGACCUAGGCCUGGUCUGGUGUAUCAGACUGUUGUCCGGGAGUUUGAGACGCAGUUUGGCAGGGAUGGUGUUGCGGUCACGACGGUUCUGGGCGAGGAGGAUAUUUGA